CUUUCUGAGCACCAUAUACGGCAUGCAGUCGCUCGCUCACAGCAGGAUAUCACCUUUACCACAAUGAUAUGACGAUCGGGGAGGCCUACUGCUGCAUCGUCUGAGCCAAGUGGGCAGCACCGAGACCACCAGCUCCUCCAUUCUGAUCCACUGGAAAGCCAGAACACACCACAGAAGGAGAUGGAGCAAGAGCGGGGUCUGGUGUACCUCAUAACCGGUGGCUGCGGAUUCCUCGGUUACCACCUGGUGAAGCUCUUUCUUGAGCGGGGACACAACAUCUCGGAGAUCAGACUCUUUGACCUGCGUGUGGACCACAGCUUGGAGAACCUGAGCACGGAAAAAACAAAAGUGAAACUCCUACAAGGGGACAUCACCCACCUGCCAACCGUGAUGAGUAUCACUGAAGGGGUCGAUGUGGUCAUCCACGCAGCCAGUUUGGUCGACGUGUGGUACCGAGUACCCGAGAACAAGAUUAAGGACGUCAAUGUGCAGGGCACUGAGCACGUCAUCCAGGCAUGCAUUCACCACAGUAUUCAGUACCUGAUCUACACCAGCAGCAUGGAGGUGGUAGGCCCCAACAUCAAGGGUGACCCGUUCUUCAGGGGUGAUGAAGACACGCAGUACAAUGUCAUACACAGCAUGCCAUACCCAAAGAGCAAAGCCAAAGCAGAAGAGAUGGUGAUAGAAGCCAAUGGUAGGAAGGUAAAAAAUGGAAAGACCCUGUAUGCCUGUGCCCUUCGACCCACGGGGAUUUAUGGCGAGAGGCAUGAUCUGAUGAAACAGUUCUACGAGAGGGGAGUGAAGAUGGGAGGGUACAUCCCCCGGGCCAUUCCAGCAACAGUCGAGCAUGGCCGCGUAUAUGCAGGAAACGUUGCCUGGAUGCAUUUGCUUGCCGCUCAGAAGAUCCAGCAAACUCCCGAGGUGCUAGGCGGGCAGGUGUACUUCUGCUACGAUGAAUCACCCUACAAGAGCUAUGAGGAUUUCAACAUGGAGUUCCUCUCCUCUUUUGGUUUUCAGGAAGUCCGCAUCCCCUAUUUUGUGCUGUCCUUCAUGGCCAGACUCAACGACAUCCUCCAUACAUUGCUCAAGCCUUUCUACAAUUACACGCCUAUCAUGAACCGUUACACGCUAACUAUCGCUUCCACCACUUUCACCGUCAAGACCAACAAAGCUGAGAGACAUUUCGACUACAAGCCUAUCUACCCCUGGGCAGAAUGUCGAGAGCGCACCAUUGGCUGGAUAAACUCAUUUGCUCAACCUGUCCUCCAGAAAGACAAGUAGAAACUGAAAUGAGAAGGAUGGCAACAUCUCUUUCUCAGUUCCACCUACAUAACUUUUAUCUCCGAUAUUCAGCAGGCAUGACGAAAGUGGAAAGGGAGAGAGAAGAACUGGAACUUCACCCCAUGGGUGAAUGAAAAAAGACUUGGCAAUCAUCCUCUAAACCCAUCUUUGUCAUUCAAAACAGCUCACCUUUCUCCUCACCUUGUUGGUUUUCUUGGUUUCACUCACAGUAUAAGGAUCCUCAUUCUCAACUGAAGAAAAAGCAAACAUUCAAUCGACAUGGUCUUUUCAAACCUGUUGCCGUGAGAUGCAAUAAAACUGCAAAAUCAAGUAUCUGCUUCCAAGAAAGCCAAAUGUAGUAAUAAGACGAUGGAAAAAAUAGCAGGAUUAUUUGGGAAUAUUCAGUAUUGGGGUGGAGAAGUUAAAGAUGAAGAGGAUUCUACCAUACAAGAAACCUUGGUGGUGUUUCACCCUGAAUUUCUCAAUUCUCGUGAGACUGGAAGUAAGGAGGAUCUCUGCUGGGCUUGUGAUCAGUGUUAAGGACCGAGCUACCAAGAGCUGCUUACUCAGACUCUUUGCAGUGUCAUAACUACAAACCGCUACAAGUUCCUACUUGACUCUACAUAUCUAGCAGACCGCCAUUUCCAUGCACUGACUGCAUACACUUAAUCUGAAGAAUGGAGACGGCAGCCUUAAGGUGGGUGUGCCCCUUCCAUUUAAAAACUGGCUGAGGAGAAGCCUGCCCAUCACAUCCACCGAAAUGUUUCAUCAUUCUAAUUUUAAUUGUCAGAAUUCUGUAGAUAACUCAUAGCAGGUCAGACUGGACUGCAGACUGUGCAGGAAGGGAAGAACAGACAGAGGAAGUGACAAAGCAACAUGUGUGUAUCUGCGGAAGAAUAACUCGAAAACAGGAAGAGGAGAUAAGUAGAAUAGAGUGACUCUACACUGUUGGAAAUCAUGGUUUGAAAAUGGCUCUUUACUGGAGUCUGUGGUUCUCUGGACUUUGAAAAGGUUCCUAAUAUGAGAACAAAACAGAAAUCUUUAAGGCUACCAAGCAGGAUACUAAAACGUCAAGAAAAGCUGGACUUAGCCUGUGUGAUUGCAUGCAGGAAGAGUCCUUUGAAAAUCAGGAUCUCACUUGUAUGUCACAAAUUAAUUAUCAUCCAUUCAUGACAAUUUGUGGAGCCUGCUAUGGAUGUCAAUUAAUACAAAGUUCUUUCUGGAACCUUCACAUAGAUGGUCCAUUCGGGAACCAAAACUAUGGUUUCUUUCUGAAGAGCCACUUUGGCACCUUGAUUUUUUUAAGAGUGUAGGCAAUCAAACUGUGGCCACAAUGACACAUUGUGGUAUUUAGACAGGCUAGGUGGCAGUCAAUGCAAGUAAAGAAGAGAAAAAGGGAUGACAGUGGCCAUGACCACAACAGAAUGUGAUUUUUAGAUGUUGGAAUUCCCAUUGACAAUGUCAGAAUGAUGAAUGCAUUUAGAAAAGCACAGAAACUUCACAUACAUACACUCAGGUGCCUUUUGUGCCAAUAGGGUCCAACCGCAAGUGGAGGGACUGCACAGGAGAAAGAAGGAGGAGGAGCUCAACUGCCCCCAUUGAGCAUCACCUUGGUACAGCUGUGGGAAAAUUUGAGUUAAUCCUGUUAGUGAGAAUGCCUCCUGUUGUCCUGGGGUGGUAUUGCCUACCUUAGCAGAGUCUGGAAGGUGAUAUUUAGACACCCAUGUGUGACAAUACACACACACACUUCAUCAGAUAUUCAACUGAAAAGUUCAAAACAAGUAACAGGAGCACAAGGAGGGAACACAGCCAGGCCAGAUGAAAGGAGAAAAGGUGAUGGUAGGUGAGAAGGGCUUCCAUUAGAGAAGAGAUAGAAGGUAGGUGAUAGUGCAUGUACAUUUUUUAAGAAGUGAUAGGAAUACCACUUGCACCUUGCAAACCUGACACUGGAUUAACAGAGCUCAGUAAAUGAAUAAUGGGAGCAAGAGGUAUACUAAGUUACAGUCAAGUGGCCGUCUACUUCUUCCAUUCACCUUCUUAACCCAUCCAUCCGCACACCUCUUUCCUAAACCCAAUUGUGGGCCCCAGGGCUGUUUAGAGAACCCACAUACAUAAUUUAAGUCUGGGGGACUAGGGUGGUGCUGGGGACUGGGGUGGGAUAACAUUCUGAUAUCAUACAGACAGUGACUGGGGUUGGAGACAGCAGUGCUAUCAUUGUGGUGCAGAAGCAAUAAUCGUUAUGUUUAAUUUAUUAUGAAAGAAUAAAAAAAAUAACUGUUAUAAUUUCAGUUAUGGUACUUAAAUUUCAAGUAUUAAAAAAAGUAUUAUGCUACGUGUGUAUAUGUGUGUACAUAAAGUAUAUACAGUGUACACGCACAUAUAAUGAAUAUGUAUGUGUAUUUGCAUAUGCAUAUCAAUAUACAGUUAUAAUUUUUUUUAAUGUUAAAAACAAAAAGCCAAUGAAAUUCUGUUAAUGUACAUUUCUACUUCCAGGGAACCCAAUACACACCUCAAUGGUCAAAAGUUUUUUGUUCUAACCUGCUGGGUCCCUGGAGAAGCAAUAAGGUUAAUCUUCUUACCUUUGUUGUAUCUAUGACUUAUAAUUAUUUAUUUUUGUAUUCUGAGUUAAUUGUAUAAAAUAUAAGAGUAUUUAUUAAAUACAAACAAACAAAUAAAUAAAUAAAGCUUGA